GAGCUCCCGAGACCCGCUGUCUGCCGCCGUCCAUCACCACCUUAUAGCACGCCCAGGCCCACCCUCCUCCGCUUGUAGCGCCAUUUGGCGGCGACUACAGCUGUCACGUCCAUUCCAUCCAGCUGCCAUCGUAUCAUCUCCGCGAAUACACCCCCUGCCCGCUCACCAUGUACAGAGUCAAAGCCGUCUACGACUACGCGUCCCCCCACGAGGAUGACCUGAGCUUUCGCACUGGCCAGGUCAUUACCGUCACAGAGGAGGAGGGCGACGACUGGUAUGUGGGCGAGUACAUAGACGACAGCGGGACCAAGCAGGAUGGCCUCUUCCCCAGGAACUUUGUCGAAAAGUACGAGCCGGAGCCGCCGCCGCGGCCUAACCGGGCAUCACGAUACAAGCCACUGGAGCAGCCUGCCGCUGCCCAGGUCGCACCUCCUACGCCUGAGAUAGCACACCAGGAGCCAGAACCCGAGCCAGUGCAGCACAAGGAGCCAGAACCCCCUAAACCCCAGCAGCCUCCUCCGCUCCAGGUGUCGACUUUAGCCAUACCCGAGCCAACUCCAAUUUCGCCCAUCUCACCCCCGUCAGCUACCAGCGCCAAAGCCUCAGAGAUUCCUCCCGCGCGGAAUGAAGCGGCCAAGCCACCUCCACCUGCGAAAAAGGCCCCGCCACCCAUUGCAGCCAAGAGCAAUGCUUUCAGGGACCGCAUCGCAGCUUUCAACGCUCCCGCUGCUGCCCCGAUCCAGCCCUACAAGCCUGCCGGCGCCGCGACCACAUUCAUCAAGAAACCUUUUGUAGCCCCUCCGCCAAGUCGCAAUGCCUACGUGCCUCCCCCCGUUCGCGAAACACCUCAAGCCAAGACGUAUCGCCGCGAGGAAGAUCCCGAGAUUGCCGAUCGUCAGGCGCAGGACCAGGACGCUGCAGAAAAGGCUGGGCUCGUCGCACAUGAUAGCUCCAACACACAAGAGGGCGAAGGGGAGGACCAGCCGAAGCCGACAAGCUUGAAGGAACGAAUUGCCCUGUUGCAGAAGCAGCAGCAAGAACAGGCUGAGCGCGCGGCUGCUGCCAUGCACAAAGAGAAGCCAAAGAGGCCGCCGGUCAAGAAGAGGACCGAGUCUCAUGACGGCCAUGCUGAGGAGAGCGAAGACACAGGCCUGGAGAGAGUGGCUAGCGGAGCUUCGAGAGAGCGUGGCUCCAUGGACCACGCCCGACCGCCGCGAACUUCGCAUGAUUUGAAAUCCCCUGACACGCACCACCGCCAUCGCGAGCUGAUGAGCGACGGCAACGAUGCGGAUCAAUCUGGUGCUGGUGAGACGGAAGAUGCGGAAGGUGAAUCGACAAGUGUCGAAGAUGAUGACGACCGAACAAGGAGUCGACAGCCCGCCCCACCUCUGAGAGUUGCUACUGCCCCCUCAACAGAAUCGCAUGUUGGAGAUGAACAACAUGUCGAAGACGUGGCUGAGCAGGAGGACGAGAAGGAAGAAGACGAUGAGAUGGACGCCGAGACGAGGCGAAAGUUGGAGCUGCGCGAGCGCAUGGCUAAAAUGAGCGGCGGCAUGGGCAUGCCAGGCAUGUUUGGUGGAAUCCCAGUUGGCGGCCUUCCACCAAAGAAGAAGAAAUCUACCGCAGAGCGAAAGGCCGAAGAUCACGACGAGUACACUUCGCCUCAACAACGAAUGCCCAUGUUCGGCCUACCCGGGAUGCCGUCUGUCAAGAGCCCAGAACAGGAGGAUAAGCAACUGGCUGUCGAGAAAGAGGAUGAAGUAAACCACUCUGUCACGGGCCUUCAUCCCGCAGAAGAAGUGCCCGACGUUGAGGAUCUGACGCCGUUACGCAUCCAGCGGACACCCACUGGCGAGCGUCCACCGCCCAUCCCAUCAGACAGGCGGCCCAUCCCUCCACCUGUACCAUCAUCAUCUCGACCUGUACCACCACCUCUUCCGAAUAUUGUCUCUCCGGGUCCUGGAUCUGAAUCUGGCGAUGAGUUGACUGAUAGCGGGGCUAAUGCAAUGUCGCCCCGAACUCCGUCUGCUCCAUUCAUGCCGGCCAACAAACGUAGCUCGUAUUUUGGUUCAAACGACCCAUCUCAAGGCUCUCCUGAUAGAAACUUACCGCCAUUUUCAUUAGUAAGCCCCACAUCACCGGGAGGGCAUCGACCGCCUCCGCCGCCUCCGCCUACCCAGGCACCUCCAUCUCGUCAUGCAGAUGUGCCUCUGAGGGGUCUGGAUCGGAAUGAAGGCGAGACCGACUACGAAGGCGACUAUGAUACCGACAUUGCGCCUGGAGCAACCCACAAGGACGCCUUGAAAUCUCACGCGAAGGAACCAAGCAUGGAGGAUAGCACUAUAGCCGAUGAACCAACGUCAGCUCGAUCACCCACUACACCCUAUGGUCUUCCACCUCUACCUCCUUCGGUACCACGUGCUGUUCCCCCUCCUCCUCCACAGCAGGCCCCCACUCGUCUAUCAAUGGACGCUCCACGUUCCGUACCGCCGCCACCGCCUGUUCCGCCUCCUACUCGCAACGUCCAAUACGACGAAGACGACGAUGACUACGACCCAUUCAAAUAUACUGCACCUCCUGCUGCUGCACCUCCAGCGCCGAGGGCAGUGCCACCCCCUCCACAAAGCCAACCACCACCACCGCAGAAUAGACCACCGCCGCCCAUGCCUCCUUCAAUCCCACCUGUACCGCAGCGCGAGCAAUAUGAGUCAUCAGAUGAGGAUGAUUUAUACUCUGCACCGCCGCCUAGGAAAUCACACGACCGACCACCACCUCCACCACCUCAGGCUCCACCUCACCAGUAUGCGCCUCCAAUUCCACCACAAGAACGACCCGCUCCCCCACUGCCGCCAGCCGACACCCAACCUCGGGUCCCUAUGACAAGGAAAUCGCUCGAUGUAAAUCGUACACUAGGAGGACGAGUGUCCACAGAUCAAGCACGGCCAUCUACGAACCAAGACUUCAUAGCCAGCGACAUUGAUCUCGGCCUCGGUUCGCGUUGGUGGACGCAAGCAAACUUACUUCCUCCAUCCCUACAGAACCGCAAAGACGUGCUCGUUGACAUGACCGAGUCACAAUCUGGAAACACGAUCGAAAAGCUGAUUUCUAUCAUAUACAUUGACUAUUCGCAAACCACUGUAUCCGCACGCUUUGAGAUUAACAACGCCUCCGACGUUGAUCUAGACCAGCGUCACAACGCACCACCUCCGCGCCAAAGACCAGAUCAGCUCGAGAACGCAUACGAGCAGUUUGGCCGUCGUAUCGCCAAGGACGUCGAGUCGAAGCAGAACACAAUUGUCGGCAACGGCACCCCUCAGGGCCUCAUUGACGAACUGCUGAAGCCAUACAAAGACGCGCUUCCACCCGUUUCCACCCGCGCCUACGGUGCGCUCGUCUACGCCAACCUGGCCAACGCAUCUACCCAGUCGCACGACGAGAUUCGCCCGGGCGACAUUGUCAGCUUCCGCAAUGCAAAGUUCCAGGGUAAAACAGGCGCUAUGCAUGCCAAGUACGCGGUUGAUGUAGGCAAGCCCGACCACGUUGGUGUGGUUGUCGAGUGGGAUGGUAGCAAGAAGAAGGUCCGAGUUUGGGAACAGGGCAGGGAGCACAGGAAAGUAAAGCCUGAGAGCUUCAAGAUGGGGGAUUUGCGCUCUGGGGAAGUGCGUGUAUGGCGUGUCAUGAGUAAGAGUUGGGUUGGGUGGAGUUGAAGUCUUUGAAAGAGACAUGUAUUGUGUGUGAGUGUGUGCUACGAUGAAAAACGGGGAAAGGGAAAGGAAACGGAAGAAGAGGUAGAGUGUAUGUAACUAGCAUCAGCGGAAUGGUAUUUGAUAGCUCUUGUUACUUCGAUCUGACUUGUUCUCUCGUUUCUCGCUUGUUUCCUCGUAGCUAUGCAAGCCUUCCGAACAGAGGUAUGAGGGACGUUCUUAAUGUUGAUGGCUCUGAGUGGAGACAUGGGAAAUU